UCCUUCAAAGGAAUGGAGUUCUCCGAAAAGUACUGGGCAAGAUUAGUGGGUAAACAGAUAACUGAAAGCUACAGCACCAGUCACUGCUUUGCUCAAUGAACAUUAUCAGUUUAGUAAAUAAAGGGAAUCAUUGCAUGUUUUUUACAGUUUGGAGAACUGCCAUUUGAGAAUUAUAUAUUACGUAUUUUGUGCUGUGUAGCUCCCACUCACUGGAGAUUGACAUCUACAUCAGCUGUGCUGGUUACUGGACAUGGCAAACACUGAACCAAAGUGUUUCUGAUCUAUGAUCAUUUUGGAAAGUCACUAAACAUUAAUAUUCUUCUCUGCUUUAAAUAGUUGUAGGCCUGUUUAAGAGAGCUGUAAGAUGCCGAUGGUAUGCUUGACAGACUAUGAGGACUAUGCCAGAGAACACCUUCCAAAAGCAACAUGGGAUUACUACGCUGCCGGGGCAGAUGAGUGCUGUACUCGAGAUGAUAAUCUUCUCGCUUACAAAAGGAUACGUCUACGUCCGAGAAUGUUGCGGAAUGUGUCUGUUACUGACACUAGAACUACAAUUCUUGGCUCAGAAGUUAGUUGUCCAGUUGGUAUCGCACCCACUGCAUUUCACUGUUUGGCAUGGCCUGAAGGAGAGUUAAGUACGGCACGAGCUUCUGAAGCCAUGAAAAUCUGCUAUAUCACAAGUACUUAUUCGACCUGUUCUGUGGAGGAGAUUGCAGCGGCUGCACCAAAUGGACUUCGUUGGUUCCAGCUCUAUGUCUAUCGUAACAGAAAGCUUUCAGAGCAACUAAUACAGAGGGUUGAAAAACUUGGGUUCAAAGCACUUGUACUAACUGUAGAUGUUCCUUAUCCUGGAAAAAGGAGAGAGGAUAUCCGAAACAACUUUAAGCUCCCACCUCAUCUAAAAGUCAAAAAUCUUGAUAGCUCAUUUGAGGAGAGUAAUAGUCCUGAGGAGUAUGGUGUUCCUGUUCAAACAUUGGAUCCUUCAAUCAGCUGGAAGGAUAUUCAUUGGCUACAAUCUGUGACUCAUCUACCAAUUGUCAUCAAGGGCAUUUUGACUAAAGAAGAUGCUGAACUUGCUGUGGAACAUGGAGUCCAAGGGAUUAUCGUUUCCAAUCACGGAGGAAGGCAACUGGAUGGAGCACCUGCCACAAUAGAUGCACUGUCAGAAAUUGUGGAUACUGUUCAAGGAAGGAUUGAAGUUUAUCUAGAUGGUGGAAUCCGUACAGGAUGUGAUGUAUUAAAGGCACUUGCACUUGGAGCAAAGUGUGUGUUCAUCGGGAGGCCAGUUGUUUGGGGUCUGUCAUACAAGGGUGAGGAAGGUGUUCGGGAUAUUCUACAAAUUUUAAAUGAUGAAUUUCGCCUGUCUAUGGCACUUUCUGGAUGUAGAGACGUCACUGAAGUCAACAGUAGCUUAAUUCAGAUGUCCAGGUUGUAGAAAUAAUGGGUCAUUAUAUGACAACAGCUGCACAAAUGGAAGUCUAAGACAGAUUCCAUCAAAUGAACAAGACAAAGGAAACAAGAUGAAUGGCAGCAAUAUCCAAAAUAAUAAAUUCUGGAAGAUGCUGUACUAGUAUAAACGUUUGUGCCUAUAUAUAUAUAUAUAUAUAUAU